UUACUCUGCUCCAGAUGAAUGCACUUUGACAGCUGAUUGGUGGUUAGAAGCUGGCGUUAAAGAGAUUAUUCCUGGCUGUGGAACACAACAGCCUGUGGGAGCCCAAAGGGAUCACCUGCCUCUUCCUCCAGGCAGCGGAAGGACACACCAGGAUACAUCUGCCAAGCUCCCCAAGCUUCAGCUUAAUAUGGAACCAAAAAAACCUUUGAAGACAAUCAUUUGAAGAGAUCAACCUCAGCCAUUGAUUAUUUUGGAAUACUAACCUGGGGUUUGGUCUCUGGGAUAUUUCAUGUGCAAUUUUAUUGAUGAAAUGUUGCAAGAACUUGCAGGUUAAAACCUCCGUUCAUGGUGAAUAAGACAAAGAAAGGACAACAUUUCCAGGAAUAAAUCGGACCAAACAUGACCCGAGACAGCAGUCCUCUGAACCUGGCAGCUCUAAGACAAGUGGGUGGAGCCUCUUUGGAAUUCAUCUUCCCUCUCCGCUCUCUAAUUUUUUCCUACUUUUUGUCAUGUGCAGCAGGCACUUUGCCUGGUAUGGAAUAUGAUUAUGGAAUUAGCCCCAAAUUUGUUUGCACUCCGAUUCCACCAGAGGCAGACCCUAACUGUUACUCCCCACCCAGUGUGCCCCAUGGACCGAGCAGCAACGGACACAGUAACAGCCAUAAUAAUGGCCACAAUGGCAGCAGCCGCCAAGGCCUAAUGUCCGAUGAAGCCAAAGCUACUAUUUUGCACCUGCGCGAAAGCCUUGUGAGACAGAAGGAGACCAUAUUGGACCAACGAGAGACCAUCAGAGAGCUGACCGCCAAGCUUACCUUGUGCGAGGGCUUUGGAGGUCACCAUAGCAUUGGUCAUCAUGUCAAUCACCAUGACAACCAUCACAACGUCCACCACGUCGAUGACCAUGAUGGGCAUCAUGACAACCACCAUGUCAGCCAUCAUGAUGACCACAAUGAGUAUCAUGACAACCAUCACUCGUCAUCGUCAUCCCACCAUGGACCUUCGUCCUAUCACCACUACUCCCACAGCAGCCACAGGUCGGCUCCCCACCACAGGAAGGGCGGGUCCUACGGUAAACACAGCUCCUUCUCCCCAGAGCAGACUGGCAAAACUCUGCAGACUCUGAAGGAGAGGCUGGAGAACUUAGAGGCCAGGAACUCAUCUAGUUCUUACUCCAGCUCCCUGAAGGAACUCCUCCAGCGGAAAAUCACUGCUCUGGAGGAGCAGCUACACAGCUACUACCAAGAUCACCAUAACCACGGUCACCGAAAUGAAAACCAUGAUGACCACCAUGAAGAGCACCACAGUAGCACCACCCACCACAACAACCAUCAUGAUGAUACACAUGAAGACCACCAUGACAGCAGCACCCACCAUGAUGACCAUCACAAUGAUCACCAUGAUGAUCACCAUGAUAACAGCCACCAGGAUGAGCAUCACAACAACAAUCACAACAGCCACCGCUACAACCACCAGAGCAGUAAUCAUAACAGACAUCAUGAUCCCCACCAUAACUAUCACCACGGCCAGCACCGCAGUCACUACAGUAACCACCACAAUGGCCACCAUGGUGGCCAUCAAGAUGACCAUCACAGCAGAGAGCACCACAGCAAUCACCACAAGGCCAACCACCAUGAUGACCACCACGGUGUUCACCACAGUAAUCAUCAUGCAAACGACCACCAUGGCAAUCACCAUGGUAAUGACCAUCACCUGCUGCAACCUCCCUUAACCAGCAAAGAGACAAGUGCAAGGGGCCCAGGGCACAGCAAGCUGGAAACAGUGCUGAGUCAGCUGCACCAUGGCAACACGGAACACGGACACAAAAAGAAGCCAAAACAUCCCGGGGCUUUCCUACUUGACUUCCCUAUGAGGACCAAUUACAUGUAUGCCAGGAUGAAGCGGUCAGUGGUCAGCGAGAUUUUUGCCCUGACUAUCUGUGUAUGGCUGAAAGCUGGGGCCGGUCCUGGCCUAGGCACGCCCUUCUCCUAUGCUGUACCUGGACAAGCUAAUGAGCUGGUGCUUAUCGAAUGGGGUAGCAACCCCAUGGAGCUGCUAAUCGAUGACAAGGCUGUGACUUUGCCCAUAACACUGACCGAUGGGAAGUGGCAUCAUAUGUGCGUGACGUGGGCGACACGCGACGGGCUCUGGGAGGUGUACCAGGACGGGAUGAAGAAAGGCUCAGGACAAAACCUGUCUGCAUGGCACCCUGUGAAACCAGGCGGGACCUUCAUCAUGGGGCAGGAACAGGACACGAUCGAAGGACGCUUUGACGUGACUCAGUCCUUCAUGGGAGAGAUGUCAGAUCUCCAGUUCUGGUCCAGAGUCCUGACAUCUGCUGAGAUCUACAGCCAGGCCACCUGUGGGGGUCACCUCAUUGGUGAUGUCAUGUCAUGGUCGGAGGAGUCGGUGGAGCUGCAUGGUGGACUUGCUGAGUACCCCUUUGACCCCUGCCACUAGAGACCCACACGGGGGGCUCCUGGCACAUGAGGGGAUCAGAUCCCAAGAAUCAGAUGUUUGGAUUUUCAUCUCUGAUCUGCAGAGUGUUGUUUUACACCAUCAGCCACAUGUUCAAGAAGCGAGGACAUAUUUUAGAUUUGUGUCUGUUCUUGAAUGAGCUUUCGGCGUGUGGUCACCUCCGUGCUCUGGCGCCCUCAGCAGGCUGAGUUUGAGGGCUGCAGCGAGCAGCGGGAUUUGGAUUUACCUGCUGCAAGGAUCCAAACACAUAACAUGACUUCCAGCUUCUUUGACUUAGAUUUUAAUGAGGCGUCACAAGAGGUGAAAUGGCAACACGCUGACGUACAAAAAUGAAAAUGAGUAAAU